GUUGCCGACUCACACUCAGUCGUCUAGCAAUCGGUGCUAGCUGUCAUGGCGGCGCGCUGAGUUUUUGAACGUUGUGUUUUCGUUUUAAGCUUGAGCAGAAGUAUCGACCUCGUUCGAACCUGUGAUCUCUCGCCAGUGAGCUGCUACGGCUGCCAGACAAACUUAAGCUUCAAUGUCUCUAGCAGACGAACUAUUGGCCGAUCUCGAAGAUGCGGGCGACUUGGAAGAAGAUCAGCUGUACCAGCAGGAUAGCACAAUACAAGAAGUUGAAGAUGUGCUUCCUAUGGAAGUGGACACUAAAGCCAAAUCCAUACGCGCGAUAGCAAAACUUAGGGACUCAGAACAGUUAGCGAGAGUCAUGAAUGAGAUUAAAUCUCGAAGUGUUGCAGGUCGUAAAGAGGAAGUUAUGGGCCCUGUGGAAGCUGACCCCGAGUACCAGCUCAUCGUCGAAGCCAACAAUCUGGCCGUCGAAGUCACUAAUGAGAUAAAUAUUAUCCACAAGUUUACGCGCGACCACUAUUCGAAGCGGUUCCCCGAGCUGGAGUCCCUCGUGCCCGGAGCACUGGAAUACGUCUCGACUGUCAAGGAAUUGGGCAACGACUUGGACAAUGCCAAAAACAACGAGACGCUACAGCAGUUUCUGACGUCUGCAACGAUCAUGGUCGUCAGCGUUACUGCAUCCACCACCCAGGGGCAACUUCUGACACCUGCGGAGCUUGCAAUCAUCUUUGAGGCUUGCGAUAUGGCCUUAGAACUGAAUGACUUCAAGCAAGAGAUUUAUUCCUACGUGGAGUCACGCAUGUCUUUCAUUGCCCCAAACUUGUCCAUCAUCGUUGGAGCGUCCGUUGCAGCCAAGCUCAUGGGUGUUGCCGGAGGACUGACACCCUUGUCCAAGAUGCCAUCAUGCAACGUCCUCGUUCUCGGGUCUCAGAAACGGAGUCUUUCGGGGUUCUCGUCGACGGCAAUCCUGCCGCACACGGGCUUCAUCUAUUAUACGGAUAUCGUCCAGAAUACGCCACAGGACCUGAGACGCAAGGCUGCACGCCUGUUGGCAGGCAAGUGCGUGCUAGCAGCCCGAGUGGACAGCUUCCACGAGUCGGCUGACGGCACGGUGGGGAGGUCGCUCAAGGAGGAAGUUGAGCGCAAGCUCGACAAGCUCCAAGAACCUCCGCCGGUGAAGCAGGUGAAGCCUCUGCCUCCACCCAUUGACCAGAGUAGAAAGAAGAGAGGUGGCAGAAGGGUCCGCCGAAUGAAGGAGCGUUUUGCAGUCACCGAACUCCGCAAGCAGGCCAACCGUAUGACAUUUGGAGAGAUCGAAGAAGAUGCGUAUCAAGACGAUCUCGGCUUCAGCUCGGGCCACAUCGGCAAAGCAGGAACAGGACGCAUCCGUGCGGCUCAAGUGGACGAGAAGACGAAAGUGCGCAUCUCAAAGACACUGCAGAAAAACCUCCAAAGGCAACAGGUCUACGGUGGCAGCACAACAGUUCGCCGCCAGGUGUCUGGCACGGCAUCUAGUGUUGCCUUCACGCCACUCCAGGGCUUGGAAAUCGUCAACCCUCAUGCUGCAGAAAGCAAGGCAGCAGAUGCCAACAUCAAGUACUUUUCCAACACUGCUGGUUUUCUGAAGGUGCUGAAGAAAGAGUGAUGUUGUAUGUGCCGAGAAAUGAUGUAAUUAGUGUGCAUAUUACACGUAUCUUAACUGAAAUGCA